AUGUCUUCCAGAACCAAGACAAAAGUGGCUUCUCGAGAGAGUGCCGGUCCGCAUCCCAUACAGUAUGGCCCAUCUGGGGACGAAGCCGGUGUAUCUGAUCAAGUGCGCAGCCCGGGAUUUAUCAACAGGACCAAUGAUUCAGAUCGCGGCAAGGAGAUGGUGUACUACGGAGACUCGUUCAAUCUCAACUACGUCCUACGUGAGAUGGGUAAUCCGUUCCAAGGCGAUUUUGACAGCACCUCCUUUAAACUUAGCAUCGAGGAGUUGUAUUUGAACCACUUAGGUCAGCAGACGAAGGAUCAGCUCGACGCUCAUGAAUGCAGCGAGCGCAUCCGGUUACAAGAAAUAGGCGCAUUCCAGCGUCUCGACAAAGAGAUAAGCGACGCCCUUGUUCAGACGUUCUUCGCUGUAGUCUACCCGCACUGCCCCAUCUUCGAUCUUUCAGAGUUCCACACCAAGUACAAGGCAGAACAGGUCUCCCCGCUUGUGUUGCAGGCGCUGUAUUUCGUCGGCGCGGCUCAUUGUGAAGUGUCAUUGAUCGAAAAAGCGGGGUUUGCCAAUCGGUAUAUGGCUACUUUUACGUUCUAUCAAAGAGCAAAGGCAUUGUACGAUGCAAACUAUGAAUCAGAUGCUAUUGCUACAGUUCAGGCCUUGUACCUUCUGUCCUACUGGUGGGGUAGUCCUUUGGAACAAAAGGAUAUGUGGCACUGGACGGGGCUUGCUGUUGGCCUUGCCCAAACUCUCGGUUUGCACCAGAGUAAGACAUAUGCGGGCUUACCAGAAAGGCAACGGAAGUUGUGGAGACGUAUUUGGUGGACCGUCUAUAGUCAUGAUAUCCUUAUGGCCCUUAUAUUGGGUAAUACUCCACAUGUCAACGAGGCAUAUUGUAGCGUGCCUUUCCUGUCUGAAGCGGAUAUUGAGGACGACGAGGAAGACAUCCCUGAUACGCAUUUGCUCGGUAGUCAGACACAAGAAAGUCGUCUCUACAUUGUUUAUUUUGUAGACCUGGCCAAGCGAACUAGUCAGUGUCUCGAAGCCCUCUUCGGCGCCUGCUCGGAUGAGUCCAGAAUACAAAGCAGUCUUGACAGAAUUUCUUCGUGGCAAUCGAUCCUUCCUCAAGUCCUCCAGCGGAACGGCUCAGCAAUCUCCUUGCAGAGUGGCUAUUGGACGUCUUUGAUCCACCUGACCUGCCAGUUCGUACAGUCAAUCCGGAAUUAG